CGGAAGUGGGCGGGGGCAUAGAGGCGGCGGCGGAGGGGCAGAGCGGCCCCCGCGUCAUGGCGCGGGAGGAUCGAGAGCUCUGAUUGGCUGACAGCUCCUCGCGGCUCCUGUGACGUCAUCGGGAGGCAAAGGCUCAGGCCCCGCCCCCUGCUCUCUGAUUGGCCGCCGCAUCCAACAUGGCCGACCCCAUCAUGGACCUCUUUGACGACCCCAACCUCUUCUCCCUCGACCCAUUGGCCGACGACGCCUUUGGCUCCGCCCCCUCGGCCCCGCCCCCUCCUCAGCCAAUCACCGACGAGACCACGCCCCCUCCGGCGCCUCCCAUUGGCCCUCAACCUCCGGACGACCCCGCGGCCCCGCCCCCUGACCCCCAGGACCGCGACCUCAUUGGCCAGCUCAACCCCUUCAUGGGCGCGGCCCCGCCCCCUCCGCCAUCUUGCCCCGCCCCCCCGAAGCUCCUCCUCCUGAAGCCCGCUGACGUCACAAGCCCCGCCCCCGACGCCGCAAGCCCCGCCCCCCCGAAGGUCACGCUGGCCAAGGUGCUGGUGGGGGCGGGGCCGGGGGGCGGGGCCUCGGUGGCCACGCCCACCAACGCCGUGCACCGAUUGGUCCAGACCGCCCGCCCUGUGAAGCAAUUGGUGCUGCAGCCGGUCAAGGCGGGGGGCGGGGCCAAAGGGGGCGGGGCCACGGCGGUGGCGGCGACAGCCAAUCAGGGUGACCCCAAGCGCAUCACCCUGCUGCUGCAGCAGCCCCCAGGCCAGCGCCCCCUGCUGCUGGCCACGGUGACCCCAAGCGCAUCACCCUGCUGCUGCAGCAGCCCCCAGGCCAGCGCCCCCUGCUGCUGGCCACGUGACAAGGACACGCCCCCUUCGGGCCUGGCCACGCCCCCUGGUGACCCGAAGCGCAUCACCCUGCUGCUGCAGCAGCCCCCAGGCCAGCGCCCCCUCCUCUUGGGCACCCUCCCUGGCAAGCUCCUCCUGCAGACCCCCCCCAAGGACACGCCCCCCUCCGGACCAAGCCCCGCCCCCUCCGGAUCAAGCCACGCCCCCUCGGCCUCAAGCCACGCCCCCUCCGGACCAAGCCCCGCCCCCUCCAAGGUGGUGACCAUCCAGCUGCAGGUUCAGCACCCCCCCCACGGGACAGCUCCCCAUAGGAUCCAAUUGGUGCCCGGUGGGGGGGGGCAGGGGGCGCCCAUCGCGGUGGCCUCGGGGCUGGCAACGGGGGCCGGGCAGAGGGUGACGGUGCCGUUGAAGGUGGUGCUGCAGCCGCAGCCGGCCCCAUUGCGCCCCCCGGACGAGAGCCGGCGCCUGGAGCACCAGAAGAAGCAGGAGAAGGCCAAUAGGAUCGUGGCCGAGGCCAUAGCCAGAGCCAGGGCCAGGGGGGAGCAGAACAUCCCCAGGGUGCUCAAUGAGGAUGAGCUGCCCCACGUGCGGCCAGAGGAGGAGGCCGAGAGGAGGAGGAGGCGCAAGGGGGAGAGGGGGACUGGGGGGACUGGGGGGGCUGGGGGGGCUGGGAAGGAGGAGAGGGGACGGAGGGGGAAGGGGCAGGGGGCGAGGAGCAAAGGGAGGAGCAAGGCGAGCACCAUCACCCCCGUUGUGGGCAAGAAGCGCAAGCGGAACCCGUCCUCCGACACCUCUGACACUGAGGCCCUGCCUGCGCCUGCCCCACGGCUGGAGGAGGAGCCCAGCGUCCAGAAGCGGCGCUCCAACCGGCAGGUGAAGCGCAAGAAGUACACUGAGGACCUGGACAUCAAGAUCACUGAUGAUGAAGAGGAGGAGGAGGAAGAACUCGAUGUCAUCGGCCCCACGCGACCCCCAGUGACCCCAGUGCCCCCAGUGCCCCCCGAGGCUGAGGGGGGGGCCCUGCCCUCCAUGCAGUUCUUUGUGGAGAACCCCAGUGAGGAGGACGCAGCCAUUGUGGACAAGGUGUUGUCCAUGAGGGUGGUCAAGAAGGAGCUUCCCUCUGGCCAAUCAGUGGAGACAGAAGAGUUCUUCGUCAAGUACAAGAACUACUCCUACCUGCACUGUGAAUGGGCCACCAUUGACCAGCUGGAGAAGGACAAGAGGAUCCAUCAGAAGCUCAAGCGCUUCAAGACCAAGAUGAGCCAGAUGAGGCACUUCUUCCAUGAGGAUGAAGAGCCCUUUAACCCUGACUAUGUGGAAGUGGAUCGAAUCCUGGAUGAGUCCCAUAGUGUGGACAAGGACAAUGGAGAGCCUGUGGUGUAUUACCUGGUCAAGUGGUGCUCUCUGCCCUAUGAGGACAGCACUUGGGAGCUGCAGGAGGAUGUGGAUGAAGCCAAGAUUGAGGAAUUCAAGCGGAUCCAGGCCAGGAUCCCGGAGCUCAAGCGGGUGCCCCGACCCCAAGCUGGGGCCUGGAAGAAGCUGGAGCCGUGUCAGGAAUACAAGAACCAGAACCAGCUCCGGGAAUACCAACUGGAAGGGGUCAACUGGCUCCUGUUCAACUGGUACAACCGUCAGAACUGCAUCCUGGCAGACGAGAUGGGCCUGGGCAAGACCAUCCAGUCCAUUGCCUUCCUGCAGCAGGUCCAUGGCUCCGGUGUCCAUGGUCCCUUCCUGGUCAUCGCCCCAUUAUCCACCAUUGCUAACUGGGAGCGCGAGUUCGGGGCCUGGACCCACAUGAACACCAUCGUGUACCAUGGGAGCCUGGCCUCCAGGCAGAUGAUACAGCAGUAUGAGAUGUACUGCAAGGAUGCCAGGGGCCGUCUAAUCCCCGGUGCCUACAAGUUCGACGCUCUCAUCACCACCUUUGAGAUGAUCCUGUCUGAGUGCCCGGAGCUGCGGGAGAUCGAGUGGCGCUGUGUGGUCAUUGAUGAGGCUCAUCGGCUCAAGAACAGGCACUGCAAGCUGCUCGACAGCCUCAAGCACAUGGACCUGGAGCACAAGGUGCUGCUGACAGGCACCCCCCUACAGAACACAGUGGAGGAGCUCUUCAGCCUCCUGCACUUCCUGGAGCCCUCCCAGUUCCCAUCCGAGGCCGAGUUCCUCAAGGAUUUUGGGGACCUCAAGACUGAGGAGCAGGUCCAGCAGCUGCAGGCCCUAUUGAAGCCCAUGAUGCUCCGCCGCCUGAAGGAGGACGUGGAGAAGAACCUGGCCCCGAAGCAGGAAACCAUCAUUGAGGUGGAGCUGACCAACAUCCAGAAACGUUUCUAUAGGGCCAUCCUAGAGAGGAACUUCUCCUUCCUGGCACGUGGGGCUGGGGCUGCCAACAUGCCCAACCUGCUCAACACCAUGAUGGAGCUGCGCAAGUGCUGCAACCACCCCUAUCUCAUCAAUGGCGCAGAGGAGAAGAUCCUGUCCGAGUUCCGCGCCUCCUGCCCCACGGCUGCCCCACAGACGCUGGCUCUGCAGGCCCUGGUGCGCUCGGCAGGGAAGCUGGUGCUGCUGGACAAGCUGCUGCCCAAGCUCAGGGCUGGGGGGCACAAGGUGCUGCUGUUCUCGCAGAUGGUCAGGUGCUUGGAUAUACUGGAGGACUACCUCAUACAUAAGAGGUAUCCAUACGAGCGCCUAGACGGCCGGGUCAGAGGCCACCUCCGCCAAGCCGCCAUCGACCGCUUCAGCCGCGCCGACUCGGAGCGCUUCGUGUUCCUGCUGUGCACCCGAGCGGGAGGUUUGGGCAUCAACCUGACGGCAGCUGAUACAUGUGUCAUCUUCGACUCGGACUGGAACCCACAGAACGACCUGCAGGCCCAGGCUCGCUGCCACCGCAUAGGCCAGUGUAAGGCAGUCAAGGUUUACCGCCUCAUCACUCGCAGCUCCUAUGAACGGGAGAUGUUCGACAAGGCCAGUCUGAAACUGGGGCUGGACAGGGCAGUGCUGCAGAGCAUGAGCAACAGGGAGGGAGCCAUAGCUGGGCCCAUGCAGCAGCUGUCCAAGAAGGAGAUCGAGGACCUGCUCCGGCGCGGAGCUUACGCUGCCAUCAUGGAGGAGGAUGAUGAAGGCUCCAAGUUCUGUGAGGAAGACAUCGACCAGAUCCUGCUGCGGAGGGCGACGACCAUCACCAUAGAGAGCCAGGGGCAGGGCUCGACCUUCGCCAAGGCCAGCUUCGUGGCCUCCGAGAACCGCACGGACAUUGCUCUGGAUGAUCCCAACUUCUGGCAGAAAUGGGCCAAGAAAGCGGAUCUGGAUCCGGAGCUGCUCAAUUCCAAGGACCCCCUGGUGCUGGACACCCCUCGCCUGCGCCGUCAGACCAGGCCCUUUAAGGCCCUCCGGGACGAGGACCUCGCGGAGCUGUCGGAGCUGGAGAGCGAGGAGGAGGAGAGGCCCCGCCCCCCCCGCAGGCCACACCCACCUCAGGCCACGCCCCCUGCCCCGCAGCGCCCCUGUGGGCGGGAGGACUCACUGCGGCUGCACCGGCACCUCAUGACCUAUGGGUGGGGCCGCUGGCAGGAGCUGCUGUCCUCGGGGCGCCUGAAGCGGCGCCUGCUGGAGCGCGAGGCCCGGGCCGGGGCGGCCGCCAUCUUGGCCACGUGCCUGGCGCUCGGGCACGGCCAGGGCAGCCUCGGGGCCUUCGUCUGGGGGCUCCUGGCGCCGGCGGAGAACGGGCGCAGCAGGGACGGACCCGGCAACAGCGGUGCCUCCGGCUCCCGCGGGCGCAAGUCCCGCAAGGGGAAGGUUCCCAUUGGCUGCAGUGAUUCCCAACCUCUGGAAUGGCUGCGGCGCCAGCGGCCGGAGCAGCUGCUGCAGGACGAGGGGCACAGGCAGCACCUGCAGCUGCACGGACACAAGCUGCUGCUGCGGGUGCGGAUGCUCCAUUACCUGCGGCACGAGGUUGUGGGGGAGCAUGCGCAGAGGGUCCUGGCAGGGGCCAAGGCCAGCUCCAUUGAUCUAUGGGUCCCGGCGCUGGAGCAUCCGGAUGCACCUGCCCCAUGGUGGGACCCUGAGGCCGACAAGUCCCUGCUGCUGGGGGUCUUCAAGCACGGCUGGGGCCGGUUCCAGGCCAUGCGCUCUGACCCUGCUCUCUGCUUCCUGAGCCGAGCUGGGGGCCCCGAGCACAGGGCACUGCAGGAGGAGAGGGCAGACUUGGAUGACCCCGAGUACCAGCCACUUAUGGGGCCAAGCCAGGAGGACGAGGAGGACGAGCAGGACCCAUUGGGGAUGCUGGACGAGGAGAUCUCGGUGGAUGGGGAUGAAGCCCCCCCCUGUUGGUGGCCUCCCCCCUCUGCCCUGUCCUUGCGGCUGCGGCAGCUGCUGGGGGCCUGGGAGCGGGAGCGGGAGCGGCGCCGGCGCCUGCGGGAGCCCAGGAGAGACAAGGACAGGAGAUGGAGCCGCCGUGAACAAGCCGCCUUCUUCCGCGUGGCCUCCACCUUCGGCGUGGAGCUGGAUCCAGGCUCCGGCCGCUUCCGCUGGAGCCGCUUCCGGCUCCUGUCCCGCCUGGAGCGGCGCUCGGACACGGAGCUCACCCGCUUCUACCAUGGCUUUGUGGCCAUGUGCCGGCAGGUCUGCCGCCUGCCACCCGCACCCGGAGAUGAGCCUCCAGACCCAUCUCUCACUGUAUUCCCAGUCUCCCCAUCCCGAGCCUCCCGCGGUCUCCGUCGCCUGUCCCUGUUACGGCUGGUGCGGGAGCAGGUGCUGGUGCAUCCCCUGCUGCCGGCGCGGUUAUCCCUGUGCCCGCAGCCGGGCCCGGAGCUGCCGCGCUGGUGGCAGCGGGGCCGGCACGACGGGGAGCUGCUGCGGGGGGCGGCGCGGCACGGGCUGGCGCAUCCGCAGGGAUCCAUCCUGCCCGAUCCGGAGCUGUCGUUUGCUGCGGCAAGGGGGAGGUUCAUGAGGGAGAGGGAGGGGAGCAAGGAGGGGAGCGAUGAGGAGAGAGGGGAAGGGGGGGCCCCAAGCUCCAGGCCCCCUCCCCCACCCCGGCCCCCACGGCCAAGGCACCUGCAGGAAUGGCCUAAGGAUCGGGCCCUCAUCCGGCGCCUGGAGCUGGUGUGCCGGGCGGUGCUGUCGGGGGAGUGGCCUAAGGAGGACACGCCCCCGGCCCCGCCCCCUCUGGCCCCGCCCCCCAUGGACCCCCCGGCCCUGCCCCCUCCCCCCCGGCCCCGCCAUGAGGAUAAGGAGUUCACCGUCCAGAUCAAAGAUGAGGAAGGCCUGAAGCUGACGUUCCAGAAGCACCGCUUGGGGCCCAAUGGGGCGGCCCCCCCCAAGAAGAGCAGCAAGAAGAUGGUGGAGCUGGAGCUGCGCUGCCUCGAGGGCCUCCGCGACGCCGCCGACCCCACGGACAAGCCCCUCCCCCCCCCACCACCACCCCCCCCGCCCCCCACCGCC